CGGCGGCGGAGCGCAGCGGAACGGAGCGGAGCGGGGCCGGGCCGAGCCGCGCUGCCGGCGGCCGCAGGUGCGCGGUGCACCGGGACCCUCCCCCGCGGCCCCCAGCCCCGGACCCCCCCACCCCGGGACGGCGGAGGUGCAGUGGGUGCCCACCCGCGGCGGGGGGUACCAUGGGGCCACCACCCCGCGUCCCCCUGGUCCUGCUGCUCCUGCUGGUGGCAGAGAGGACGGCCCACGGCACCUUCCCCGAGGAGCCCGGCCCCAUCGCUGUGGCCCCUGAGGACUAUGUGAAGCACUACGCCGUCUUCGUGGGCCACGGGACGAGCCGACCAGCUGGCCCCGAGGGUGGGAGCACCCAGCGCCUCAACAUCCAGCGCAUCCUCAAGGUCAACCGGACCCUCUUCAUCGGGGAGAGGGACAACGUCUACCGUGUCAGCCUGGAGCCCACCGGUGCCGGCGAGAUGCGCUACCACCGGAAGCUGACGUGGCGCUCGAACCAGCACGACAUCAGCAUCUGCCGGAUGAAGGGGAAACACGAGGCAGAGUGCCGUAACUUCGUCAAGGUGCUGCUGGUGCGGAAUGAGAGCCUGCUCUUCGUCUGCGGCACCAACGCCUUCAACCCCGUCUGCGCCAACUACAGCAUGGACACUCUGGAGCCCGUCGGGGACAACAUCAGCGGCAUGGCCCGGUGUCCCUAUGACCCCAAGCAUGCCAACGUGGCCCUCUUCACAGGGGGGAUGCUCUUCACUGCCACCGUGACGGAUUUCCUGGCCAUCGACGCUGUCAUCUACCGCAGCCUGGGGGACAGCCCGACCCUCCGCACCGUCAAACAUGACUCCAAAUGGUUCAAAGAGCCCUACUUUGUGCACGCCGUGGAAUGGAGAAGCCACGUCUACUUCUUCUUUCGGGAGAUUGCCAUGGAGUUCAACUACCUGGAGAAGGUGGUGGUGUCACGGGUGGCCCGGGUGUGCAAGAACGACAUGGGGGGCUCACAGCGGGUGCUGGAGAAGCAGUGGACCUCCUUCCUCAAGGCCCGGCUCAACUGCUCCGUGCCGGGUGAUUCGCAUUUCUACUUCAAUGUCAUCCAAGCCGUGACGGACAUCCUGGAGCUGGACGGACGCCCUGUGGUGCUGGCCGUCUUCUCCACGCCUGCGAACAGCAUCCCUGGCUCGGCCGUCUGUGCCUUCGACAUGACGCAAGUGGCCGCCGUCUUCGAGGGACGUUUCCGGGAGCAGAAAUCGCCUGAGUCCAUCUGGACACCUGUGCCCGAGGACAUGGUGCCGAAGCCCCGGCCCGGGUGCUGCGCGUCCCCGGGGAUGCGCUACAACUCCUCCAGCACCUUCCCCGAUGAGAUCCUCAACUUUGUCAAGACGCACCCACUGAUGGACGAGGCGGUGCCGUCCCUGGGCAACGCGCCCUGGAUCCUCCGCACCAUGAGCCGGUACCAGCUCCGCAAGAUCGUGGUGGACAAUGCAGCGGGGCCGUGGGGCAACCACACCGUGGUCUUCCUGGGCUCCAGCACAGGCACCGUCCUCAAGUUCCUCAUCCAGCCCAACGCCAGCACCAGCCCCGCACCCGUCCCCCCCGGCAGCCAGAGCGUCUUCCUGGAGGAGUUUGAGACCUACCAGCCUGGGAGAUGUGGCCGGGACACAGAGGAUGAGCGGCGGCUCCUGGGGCUGGAGCUGGACAAGGCAGCGGGGUCCCUGCUGCUGGCCUUCCCCCCGUGUGUGGCCAGGGUGCCGGUGGCUCGCUGCCAGCAGCACUCAGGCUGCAUGAGGAACUGCCUCGGGAGCCGGGACCCCUACUGCGGCUGGACACCUGAGGGCUCCUGUGUUUUCCUGGAGCCCAGCCCCAGGGUGGCUUUCGAGCAGGACAUCGCCGGCAGCAGCACGUCCCACCUGGGCGAGUGCGAGGGGCUGGUGACGGAGAGCUUUGUGGACGAGCCGGACGGGCUGGUAUCGGUGAACCUGUUGGUGAUCUCCUCCGUAGCAGCCUUCGUCAUCGGCGCCGUCAUCUCCGGCUUCAGCGUCUGCUGGUUCAUCGGCCACCGGGACCGCAAGGAGCUGGCCCGCCGCAAGGACAAGGAGACCAUCCUGGCACACAGCGAGUCGGUGGUGAGCGUCAGCCGGCUGGGCGAGCGGCGGGCGCGUGGCGGGCAACCCGGCGCCUUGCUGGCCCCGCUGAUGCCCAAUGGUUGGCCCAAGGAGUUGGGGAAGGUCACCCAACACGACCUGGACUCGGGGGUCCUGCCCACGCCGGAGCAGACCCCGUUGCAGCAGAAACGCUGCCCUGGUGCCCUCCAAAACUGCACCUGGGAGCAGAGUCAUAACAUCAUCAACGCCGCCUUGCGGGACCCCGGUGGAUCCGGCACUGCUGGUGCCGGUCGGCUGCGUGCUGGCUCCGGCCGCUCGGCUCGCGGCAUCCCCCUCUCCUGCCACGCCAUCCUGGUGGACCAGGAGCUGGAAGCUGAACUCAGCGACUCCUCGGGUGAUGGGCAUUGGGGUCGGGACCCCCAGGAGGGUCCCCACACCCGGCAGCACGCACCCGCUGGCACCCGCCGCCCACCCCGCAGCUCCUACGGUGACUUCGCCAGCACGCCGCACCCCAGCCCCGAUCGCCGACGGGUGGUUUCGGCACCGGGCGGGGAGGGGGGAGACUUUACUGAGGGGCCACCCUGGCACCCCGAGCAGCUGAACUUCAACGCCAACAAUGGCACGGGCCGCCCUGGCGCCCACCUCAAGAGGAACCACACGUUCAACAGCGGCGAGGCGUCGGGGGGCAGUUACGGGCAACACGGCACAGCACCCCGGGCAGCCAGCGCUGGGCCCCCCCGGGCACUGACGGACCUGCACCACCUCCUGCGCUACGGCGUGGAGCGGACUCCCUCGGGAAAAUAGGGUCCCACCAUGUGUGUCCCCCCACCCAGGGUACCCAUGGGGUCCCCCACCGGCUCCCUGGGGACAGGGAGGGGUGGCCAGGCAGGAGCUGCAGGCAUGGGGUGAGAUGCUGCAUGGGUCAGGACAGACACCCCCUGGGUGUCCCCAAGUAGGGUUUGGAGCUGGCCGCGAUUGGCAUGGGGCAGUGCCCCGCGCUCCGGCUGCUUGAUCCUGGGGGGGUCCAUCCAGCCGGUCCCCUCCCCAGGCUGGACCCAGGGACCAUGGAUCCCUGGGAGGGGGAUCCCUGGGAGGCAGCAGGAUGGACGCACAGACACGGACCCUGCUGAGGCGGAGCAGGGCUGUGCCCCCCACAGCCCCGCAGCCCCUCGGACCCAUCAGCUGCACCUGGGGGGGCUUGUGGGUGCUGCCAGCACCCCGGGGACACCUGGCCAGGGGGGUGCCACCAGGGUUGUGUUGGUUGUGGUGAUGGGACACGGUGAACAUUUGGGGUGCAGGGAGAUGGGGGGGGGGCAAAUACUUGUGUUACCUGGGGAUGGGGCACACUCAUCCCCCGGCCUGGGGUCACCCCUGCCCAGUGCCAGCUUGGGGGGGUGGGGGGCCCUUGUCCAUGCCCCCCCACUCCUCCCUCCUGGAAAGCACAGCCGUGAUGUGGGGGCACCGCUGGGGCUGGGGAGGGUUCCCCACCGAACCCACUCUCUGCUGGCAAAGGGUGCCCUUUCGGUGCCACCCCUGCCUGGCCCUGGGGGGGCAGGUCCCCGGGGGGGGUGGCAGGCUGUAAAUAGGGUGGGGGGUGGCGGGCGCCCCCCCCCCCCCCCCCC